GCAACUGUCAAACGGGACUACGGGACUCACCGCUGCCUUUGAAUUUGAAUAUGGUAAUGGAUGUGGAAAGGCCACGUAGAGGCCGAAGCAGCCAUGUGCCUAUUCCUUUUUACACAUCCUGCCUUCUGAAGUUUCUCUACUCAUGAGGAAUUCAAUUUCUCAGCUCCUUUUCUACCGCCAAAACAUAUACCGUUUGGCUUGCAACAGAAUUUCUUCAUCCUCAAUAAUGGAGAAAGUUUCAGCGGAUGCGGGUGGAUACAAUCAGAAGACUCAGGCAAAUUUUAAAGAAGCUUCCGAUGAUAAUUCAAUGAAACGCAUGUCUGAUGACAUAAUGCCUCACAUCCUGCGUCUGUACGGAUCCUCUGCAACAGCUGUUGACUUCGAAAUAUAUGCCCCAGAUGCUUCCUUUGAGGAUCCCCUUAUGCGUGCACAUGGGGUGAAGCAAAUCAAAUCAGCAUUCUAUUCUCUUUCCAAGGUAUUUAGGGAGUCAAGGAUUGUGGAGUACAGUGUUGAAGAAAAUGUGAUCUCACCAGGAAAACAAGAGAUAUUAAUAGACAAUAAGCAACACUACAAGUUCUUGGGGAAGGAUAUUGAUUUGGCAACACUUAUUAAGUUAUAUGUCGUGAACGGCAAAGUUAUUCGCCAUGAAGACUGGUGGGACAAAAAACCACUCUGGAAUAAGGAAACAGUGAAGCUGCCUCUGCUUGGCCGGGUUGCAGAAAUGACCCGAAGGGGUGCAAUGCUGGCAACACACGUUUUGAUGAGGUUUGGGAGGGAUCCAAAUGUGUGAGUGACUCUACACUUCAGGGGAGUUUGUUUAUGUGUGUAUAGAACUUCAUCAUAUACCCCCUCUAAUCCUUAAUAUAAGAUCCAAUUAACUAAUUUAGAAAGAUUAAG